CAAAGUGUCGUGGAGCUGCUUUCAGCAUGCGGCGCGAAUCAUCUAUCAACCUCCGAAACACGAAUUCCACUACCACGACCACCACCACUCUCCAUCCAUAUCACCCCAUCCACCAUUCACACUCACUACUCUGCAGCCCGACCGAGCAACCACAACUACACAAUGUCCGACUCAGAACUCUCUUCCCUCGACGGGGGUUCGUCCCCUGCCCUUCAGGCGGCACCAGAACAUGCCGCCAUCGCCUCCCCCGAGAAGCCGACGGGCAAUCGCUACGACACAAUGUUCGGCUCGGACCACGAAGAUGCCAGCGACGAGGAAGACGCGCAGACGCGCAAACGCGUGGGCAAGACCACGGCCGACGACGAGAACCCCAACCUCACUACCACCAACGACGAUGACGACGACGAGCCACUGGACGACCUUUUCGGCGAUGACGACGAAGCCCAGGCACGGGACAAGGAAUUGUUCUCGGACGCGGAACUCGGCGCCACGCCUGCGGCCGUCCGCGACUCGCCUACCCCCGAACCCGAGCGCUUCGUCGAGAUCACACUCCCGCGACAUCCUGGUCCCGGUGCCGGCAGCGAUUCCCACCUGUACCUCAUGAAGAUCCCGUCCUUUCUCUCGAUGGAGCCCCAACUCUUCGACCCGGAGAAAUUCGUCCUUCCCCACAUCUCCGCAGGCGAGACCACAUCCGCGUACACCAAGGCGACGACCGCGAUCCGCGUCCGCCGUGACCCCCGCAACCCCGCGCAGCUCCAAAGCAACGCGCGCGUCAUCCGCUGGAGCGACGGCAGCAUGUCGCUCCAAAUCGCGUCGUCGCCCACCCUCUACGACCUCCCGCUCAAGGACCUAACCGUUGACCCCACCCAGCCGAGCAAAUACAAGCCAUCGCAAGACUCGCACACCUUCGUGCUGGACCCGCACGAGAGCGCGGGCACGCUCCGCGUCGUCGGCCACGCCACGCGCUCGCUCAACGUCGUCUCCGCCAGCGUUAACCUCGCGUCGGACUACGCGAUCCAGCGGCUUCACAACGAGCUGCAGUCUGCAGUCCCCACCCCGAGCCGCACCACGCCGCUCGAGCUCAGCGAGCUGAAGGAUCCUGAGGCGGAGCGCAAGGAGGCAGAGCGCAUAGCCAAGGAGAAGGAGCGCGCCAACCGCAAGCUCGAGGCCCAGCGCCGCAGGGCAAGAGAUCGCGAUCCCCUCGAGUCCGCUGCUAAACGUUCUUACGCCAGAGUCACGGGUACGAGGAGCAAGCGCGAUUCGCCACCGAUCACCAGGGGCGGCCGCGUCCGUGAGGAUGAGUACGACCUUGAGGAUGAGUUUAUCGAGGGCAGCGAUGAUGAGGAGGAGGAGGCGGAGGCGACGGAUGACGACGAUGAGGAGGAGGAUAUGGAGGAGCGGCCCGCUAGACGCCAGAGGGGCGAGAGUCGUGAUCGGAAGAGGAGGAGGGUCGUCGAUAGUGAUGAGGAGUAACCUACGCACACACGCAUAGGGAGCGGUGUAUUUAAUGAACUGAACAUAGGAGCGCUUGGAAUGGUU